AUGGCAAAUAAAUCAUCUGUUGAUACAAAUAAUGAUUUAGUUAUCAAGGAAGAAAAUAUUAAAAUGGAAAAAGAAUUCCAUACAGAAUUAAGUAUUAUUAAAAAUGAAACAUUACAUGACAAUAUUACAACAGAAGAUGGGCGUAUUAAAAAUGAAAUACCAGAAGAAGACAGCAGUGAUAGUCUUAGUGUUAAUGGUUCUUUAGUUGUACAUAAACGUGUUCAUAGCGGAGAAAAACCAUUUUUGUGUGAUAUUUGUAAUGAAACAUUUAGUCUUCAAAGUAAUUUAACUAGACAUAAACGAAUUCAUACUUGA